AUGUUCAGCGAUCACGCUCACCAUCAACAAAGAACUACCGGUUGGCAGCCCACGAGCGCUCCUAGAUAUGCCACAGAGAAACGGGAACGGAGCGUCAGUAGUGAAGAAGAGAGUUGUGACGGGCUUACAAAGCGGGCAAGAACAACGGGAUCGCUUCGCAUGCCGAACAGCGCGGGGCAGACCUUGGUCAAGUUAUCACAUGAGGCAUACACCGUGGGCUGGGUUUGUGCGCUUCCUCUUGAGAUGGCUGCAGCCCGAGCGAUGCUUGACAAUGAACACCAACCACUCAAUAUGAACCCAAACGACAGCAAUGUGUACACCUUCGGCAACAUCGGCCCGCACAAUAUCGUCAUUGCAUGCUUACCUUCAGGACAGUAUGGCACAAACAGCGCGGCCGUAGUAGCAAACAACAUGCGAUGGAGCUUUCCGUCAAUACAAAUCGGCUUGAUGGUUGGAAUAGGUGGUGGUGUCCCUGGAAAGAUCGACGUACGGCUUGGCGACGUCGUGGUCAGCAAUCCGACAGCAGAUUCUCCAGGCGUCGUACAGUAUGACUUUGGAAAAGCUCUGAACGAUGGUCGGUUCGAACGUAUCGGGAAUCUGAACAAACCUCCACCACCGGUUCUUGCGGCUGUCUCCAGCUUACGAGCUGACCACGAAUUCCAACCGAGUCGAGUUCCGGAAAUCUUGGCCCGCAUGGAAUUGCAUCAUCCCUAUAUGGUUGAGUUCUCGCAUCGAAAUGUAGAUGAAGACAGACUCUUCGAGGCCUCAUACGAACAUUCUGGGGAAACCUGUGAAGACUGCGAUAGAUCCAGGCUGGUACCACGCGGUCUACGACCGACAAACAACCCCAGCAUUCAUUAUGGAAUCAUUGCGUCUGGAAAUCAGGUCAUGAAACAUGCGAAAACGAGGGACCGACUGGCGAAAGAACUUGGAUUGAUAUGUUUUGAGAUGGAAGCUGCAGGGCUGAUGGACAAUUUUCCAUGCCUCGUUAUCCGUGGUAUCUGUGAUUACUCGGACUCCCACAAAGCAAAGCGAUGGCAGAAAUAUGCCGCUGCAACCGCAGCGGCCUAUGCGAAGGAGCUUCUCUCCAUUAUCCCGCCUCAAGGAAGCUCUAGUUUUCAAAGGCAGCCUGAAGUGCGGGACAUCGCAACACCAUCAACAGAUCGCAAGGCGCUUCUAGACUCGCUCAAGUUUGAUCAAAUUGAUAAGAGGCACGCCAAUAUCAAGACCAACCAUGCCAAAACCUGCGAAUGGCUUCUCCAGCAUCCUGAUUAUGUCACCUGGAUAGAUCGUAAGAUGUACUCUCAGCAUCACGGUUUUCUCUGGAUCAGGGGGAAACCUGGGGCAGGAAAGUCAACGAUCAUGAAAUUCGCCUUCAGCCGAGCGAGAAGGAGAGCCGCGUCGAUUGGGCCUUCCAUUUCAUUCUUUUUCAACGCAAGAGGCGAGGGGCUCGAGAAGUCGACGCUGGGAAUGUAUCGGUCACUCUUACAUCAGCUUUUGGAGAAAAUGCCCGAUCUACAAGUUUUACUCGACAUCAAUGACGGCACACAAGAGUUCGUAGUCUGGGACUUAGAGAAGACCAAGACCCUCUUCCGCAACGCCGUCCGGAAACUCGGGAAACGGCAACUUACUUGUUUCAUUGACGCCCUUGAUGAAUGCGCCGAAAGUGAGGUCCGAGAGAUGGUCGAGGUCUUUGAAGACCUAGGACAAUAUGCGGUUCAGAACGAUCUCCGAUUCUACGUUUGCUUCUCCAGUCGGCACUACCCUUAUAUCGAUAUACAAUACGGUCAAAAGCUCAUUCUGGAGGACCAGAUCGGUCACGAGAGAGAUCUCGCAGAGUACGUCCGUACUAGUCUCAAGGCCGGUACUGGGCCCAAGAGUGACGAGGUCAUCGCCGAAAUCUUACGAAAAGCUUCUGGAGUUUUUAUGUGGGUCGUACUUGUGGUCGAUAUUCUUAACAAGGAGUACCGUAAGGGUCGCUUAUUCGCAGUCAAAAGUCGCUUGAAAGAAAUUCCAUCCGAAUUGAGCGAGCUCUUCCAGAAUAUAUUAACAAGAGACCAAGAGAACCUUGACGAUCUGCUUCUAUGCAUCCAGUGGGUUCUCUACAGCGCACGACCUCUAAAACGCGAAGAAUACUAUUUCGCCUUGGCCUCCGGCUUGGAGCCCGACACGCUGGGAGAGUGGGAUCCCAAUGAGAUCCCGUUUGAAUUCAUGGAUCGUCUGAUUGUCAGUUCAUCUAAAGGACUAGCCGAAACAACGAGAUCCGAUGAUAAGACUGUUCAAUUCAUUCAUGAAUCAGUACGUGACUUUCUUAUCAAGGACAACGGGUUGCGUACUCUCUGGCCAGAGAUGGGUACUGAUUUCGAGGCCCAAAGCCACAAUCGUUUACGGGACUGCUGCCAUGAAUACUCGACUCAAGUCAACAUUUCUAAACACUUGCACGAUGACGACUUUUUAUUCCGUACAUCCAAAAAGGAAUCUAUCGAUUUCCAAGCCGCCAUCGACCAUGGCUUCCCCUUCCUAAAGUAUGCAACCAGCCAAGUACUCUACCACGCCAAUGCCGCUGCCCGGACCGUCCUACAGACCGAGUUUCUUCAACAGUUUCCCUUAGAACAAUGGAUCCAGAGAAACAAUAUCUUUGAGAAACAUAAAACUAGAAGGCAGAAGCGUGAUGCUACAAACCUCUUAUAUAUCCUUGCGGAGAGAGGAUUUACGAAACUGGUCCAGACAGCGCUUCACCACAACCCGAACGCUGAGAUACACGGAGGCAGACAUGGCUACCCACUUCUUGCAGCUCUGAAAGAGGGCCACGAAGAUGUAGCAAGAUUGUUGCUGCAAUGGAUCACAAGCUCUGCGAGAAAAAUUGCGUCUACAUCAUACAACACCCCGGAAUCCGAGACGAGCAGCCAAGUCCACCCUAGCAUCGACUGCACCGACAAAGAAGGACGCACGCCCCUCUACUUUGCUGCAGAGAGAGGGCAAAUCGACAUCGCCAGAAUGCUAUUCGAUUUGGGCGCGCAACCUGACCUUAUACCAAAAGACCUAUCUUAUAGCCCUCUGGUUCGCGCUGCCGAAAAGGGACAAGAAGUACUUGUGCGGUUCAUUCUUGAGCAGCGGUCCGCACUUCUAGCUAAAGUCACUACCAACACGACUCUACAAUCGCCAUUAUCGGUGGACGGAUAUGAAGACAUCAGAAAAGCCCUCCUCAGGGCGGUUGAAACUGGAAAUGUAGGCACUGCGAGGAUCAUUCUUGACACUGGUGUCAGCAUCGAGAACGGGUAUGAGCCCAACUCCACACCUCUAGUAGCGGCAGUCGCAAGGGGUCAAAGAUCUUCCAUCGAGUUCCUUCUUGAGAGUGGAGCAGAUAUCAACAAAGGAGGUAGCAUGUACGGGAAGAAUCCAAUUCAUGAGGCAAUUGCAGCUGCACAUGAAGCGAUCAUUCGACUAUUAAUUCAAAAAGGGUGUAAUUUGGAAGCUCGAGACGCAACUGGGAGGACACCUAUCCACACCGCUUGCGAAUGGGAUGGUAAACCAGAAAUGGUAGCGCUUCUACUUGCAGAAGGUGCGAAUGUUUAUGCGCAAAACGACGCGGGGUAUACUCCGUUGUUCAUUGCUGCAUCAUAUGGCAAAGAUGACAUUGUGAGACUACUAUUGAGCCACAGCAUUCCCACACACCACAGUACCAAUGCUGGAUCCAUGUCCUCUCAUAAAGCGUCACAACAACAAUCCGAUGGUGGGCCUUCAUAUUUGAGGCACAUGGUGAACAAGCUCGGACAGACCGCUCUCUUCGUGGCCUACGGUAAAGUUCUGGGGGACCUCUUAAAUGCAGAUCUGGAUCCAACUCAUCAAGAUAAUCUGGGCCAGAACUUUCUUCAUAAGGCAUGUAAGAGAUCCGAUGUCAGCUCUGAAUAUCUUGACGAUGUGCAGGAGGCCAUUGAGAAGGGUCUUGAAAUUGACGGCCGGGACUACGAGGGACGAACCCCCCUUAUGAAUGCUGCUGCUGAGGGAUUGAAUCCUCUAGUCGUCAAGUUUCUGCUUCGACAUGGGGCCAACCCCAACGCGAGGGACAACCAAGGACACACGCCCUUAUCCGAGAUCAUUCUUAAUGUAAAUUCCACGCCGCGGAUUUAUCUGAAAUAUGAGAGUAUCCUGAAACACGGAUUAGCUGCACUUCAGUCUCUUCUCGAUGGAGGUGCUGAUGUCACGGCACCAGGCCCAGAAGGUGAAAGUUUACUGGACAUGGCUGCUCGGCAGGGUGAAGGUGCUAUUACAGAACUUCUAAGGGAAGCCAUGAAGAGAAAGGGCACUGACUUCAUGAGGAUUGACAUGCUUGUAUGA